AAACGAACUUCCUACUAUACUCACUUCAAAGGUCCAUUCGGUUGACUCUGCUUGCUACAGUACUUAGUAUUUUGACUUUGUGUAUGUGUGUGUAUGUCUGCUCAUGCAACAACGACUACACGCGUCCCAUCAAUAAGAGACUGGCCGACCCAUCAUGACCUCGAGCACGCCCAAACCAAACCCUUCAACGGUAGCUGAGCAUCUGGCCGGCACCACUCAGUCAUGGCACGGCAAGAUCAGCCCUGAUGGGCCCUUCCAGCCAGAAAAGGAUCGCUACCGGCUCUAUAUAGGCCUCUUCUGCCCCUUCGCCCACCGCGCCAACCUCGUGCGCCACCUAAAGCCAGGCCUCAAGGACAUCCUUCCCAUCACCGUCGUGAAGCCCUACCCCAAAGGUGACGAGCACGGCUGGCCCGGGUGGCAAUUCCCGUCCACCGAGGCAGAAUACCCAGGUGCCACCCCGGACCCUGAGCUGCACGCCAAGUUCCUGCACGAGCUGUACUUCCUGGCGGACCCGGCGUACAAGGGGCGGUACUCGGUGCCCGUGCUCUGGGACAGCAAGACGCGCACCAUUGUGAACAACGAGUCGGCCGAGCUCCUGCGCGACCUGCCGACGUGCUUCGACCCGGUGCUGGGCCAGGAGGAGGAGGAGGAGGAGGAGCAGGAAUUCACGUUGUACCCAGCGGCCCUCCGCGCCGAGAUCGACCAGAUCUCCACCUGGAUGCAGCGCGACCUGAACACGGGCGUGUACAAAGCCGGCUUCGCCACGACCCAGGAAGCCUACGAGCGAGCCGUGCCCCCCGUGUUCGCGGCGCUCAACAAGCUCGAGAAGACCAUCGCCUCGCGCGGCGGGCCGUUUGUGCUCGGCCCGCAGCUGACCGAGGUUGACAUCCGCGCCUAUGUGACCGUCGUGCGGUUCGACACCGUCUACGUGCAGCACUUCAAGUGCAACCUGGGCACGAUCCGCCACGACUACCCGCAGAUCAACAACUGGCUCAAGAACCUGUACUGGAACGUGGCUGGGUUCAGGGAGAGCACGGAUUUCACGCACAUCAAGGAGAAUUAUACAAAGAGUCAUUACGAUAUUAACCCGAGGGCCAUUACGCCCUUGGGGCCCUGGCCCGAUGUGGAGGGGCCCGAGGGGUAUGAGAGGGAUGUGAAGAAGCUUCGUGAGAGCUGGGAACUUGUUACGGUCAUUCUCAUUGGCUUCUCGUAA